AUCCAGGUUACGGUUGGUUGAAAGGAAGAGAGACGGGCAGUUUAUCCAAUCGGUGUUCUCGCUACGUUAAUCAGGAAGUAGAACCGGUAGGUUAAGUGCACGCGCAACUCACCUGCGGACUUGUGGAAAACAUUUUUUAAACAUCUUUAGUUAAUGUUAAAAAGUAAAUGUACCUGUUUUGACUGCACUGUUUGUUUUUUUUAGCACGUUUAGCUCAACUAAAGCAGCUCAAAUGAGAUGGUUUUGAUACAAAUCAACAAUUUUAGUCACGUCACAAAUUUAUCGGUUGACAAAAUUUGCAGAUAAUCAGGUAUAAACCAGUCGUAGCCUAGAGUUUAUGCUGUAGAAUCAUAAUGCAGACGAAAGCUCAGGUAAUAGCCGCUUUAAAGCAGUUUGACGUCAGAGAUAAAUUCGACUCUCUACCGGUCCUGCCAAAAGCCUCAGUUCUGAUCCCGCUGUUUGUGAGGGAUGGGAAGCUGCACGUCGUACUGACUCAGCGUUCCCAACAGCUGAGGACCGGUGGAGGUGAGGUAUGUCUCCCAGGUGGGAAAAGAGACCCCAGUGACCUUGAUGACGUGGACACAGCCCUGAGAGAAGCAAUGGAGGAAAUCAGUCUAAAACCUGAUGAUGUGCAGGUGGUUUGCACACUGUACCCAGUCUUCAGCAAGACGGGCCUGUUGGUGACCCCAGUCGUGGGCUUCAUCGAGGAAACAUUCCACCCAACCCCAAACCCAGCGGAGGUCAGUGCUGUGUUUACAGUCCCACUGGACUUCUUCAUCUGUGAGAAAGACCACUCAGCUGCCCACGGUGUUCCUGGGAUGUUGGGGCCUUUGCACUCGUUUUAUUUCCAGGACCCCGUUUCAGGAAGGGAGUUUCACAUUUGGGGACUGACUGCCUUGUUAGCUGUUCUGGUCGCUGUCCUGGCUCUGAAGAGAAAACCUGAGUUUGACACCGGUUUUGAUUUGGAGGAUCCUUUUUCAUUUUUCCAUCAGAUUCUACAUUUGAGAUUGAGUAAACUAUAACCUGACUUGGAUGUUUAUGAAAAAAAAAUCACAUUAGAGUGCACUUUAAGGUUGACAUAUGACUUAUAAGUUCUAUGGUAGAUAUAAACAUGUUAAGUUUUUUUGCACUAAAUCUCUCAUGAAGCAGUUUCACCAGUUUUACUCUCUACAGUUUCAGUAUCUUCCAGAAUGAGCCGUUUCAGGGAUGUCAAUUUAAAGAGUAACUAAACCCCAAAAUAACAUUUUUUUGCUAAUUAACUGUAUAAUGGAGUCUUUACAAAUGCAAUCUUUCUGUUUCUGUGCAUUUUUUGACAUGUUUGUGUAAACUUCCUUAAAUCUAGAAUCUAGAUCUAAAACGUCUAUGUGCUGCCCCACACACUGGCUGCUAUAAGAUGAGAAGCUCUAAAAUCAAGGAGGGACCAUCUCUUGCACCUAAUUUAUUUCUAAUUUCCCUGGUGUGAUGUCACACACAGGGACUUUUAGAAAUGGCUUGUUUUUGGCACAUAAUUCCAAAAAAACAACCACAGACAAAAGGAAUGGACAUUUUUUUUUCAUGUUUGGAUUGGAGUCAGAAUUAAAAUUAAAUUCAAUUAAAAUUAGCCAUCUGGACACAUUUUGUUGUAAAGAUUGAAAUAAUGCUGAUUUCAUUUGCUUCCACUAAUAAACUUGAGUCUUUUAAAAUGAGCAUAUGUGAAGUGAAACAGGGGAGGGUGGAACAAAUGACACCGAUCUUUGUUUUACACUUUUAUUAAUUCAUUUAAUGUAGCAGCAGGAUUACAGAUAUAAACAGAAGAGUAUACAAAUGUCCAGACAAAGGCAAAGUACAUGUUAAUAGAUCAAAUGUACACGCAGGGGUUGACCUUUAUCCCUACUGCAGGAUCUUUAAGGCUAGAUACUAAAGCUCAAGCUACACAAAACCGAUACAACAGAACUGUUGGAAGGAUGAGAAAUAGAAAGCAAACUAGAAGUGAGCACACUGAUUACGCUCAAGAUACAGCUCACACUAUUGGCAGUUAACAGUAAAUUUAUCAUGGUUGCCCCUUUUGAUCAGUUAUUUCACAGCAACAAUGUUGAAAAGCACAUCAACACAAGAAUGCUCGUCAUAAAGCAAUCGCCACGGUCUCCUCCCCUUUACCUCACAUGAACCAAUCUCACGAGGCGUGAAAAAACAUUAAUAGAAAACUACAAACAAGGUGACAGUUCACUUGAUUGAAAACUGCACAAAUCCUGCAAUGAGUUGAGAAAACAAAACACAAGCGUGAGCGAUGCUUCGGUUGAGGAAUCAACCAAAUUCCUGAUGUUUUGUUACACGGUCCAAGGAGAAAUGAGACAAAAAGGGCACGCCAGUAAACACAGCAGAGCAACGGGUCAGUUAUCAAGGCACACAAAGUUCUGUUGAAAGCAUCACAAUUUAAAUUCAAGAUACCCCUGCAGUAUAUUUCACAUUUAAAUAUACAUGGAUAUUCAUUUACAUGACUCAAGGACAAACACAAAUGAUGUAGUUUUGUGUGCUCGUUUCACCACAAUGAAAUCAACACUCGCUUUUAUUUUGACUUUUUUUUGGGGUGGAAGUCGCAGUUAAAAGAUUGAGGUUCACCUAAAAUAAAAAGGUCUGGACUUCAUUUUUCACCACAAUCCAAGACGACACAAGUGGCAGUCAUUGCCACGCCCACUUAUUCCCUCUGCCUCAAAAGACAAGAUCUUGAAAACUGGAAUUGGCCUGAUGUUGGAUGUAGACCAAACCAUGUGUCCACACCAUGAGGUACAAAUUACAUUCAUGAGAGCGAAGUCACAGGUCGGCUUUCUGUGUUGGUAUGGCUUAAAGAGGCGUGACUUUUCUCUGCAGCGCUUCCACAAACAUCAUGUGCUCUUCAUCUCCCCUCAACCAAGAGGGAAUAUGGAAUGCUUGGAAACGGCACGACCACACUCUAACCUGAUCUACAGUAAAUGGAUGAGUCAAAGUGCCAUUUGAGAUGCAUGAUGUUAAAAUAAAAAAGUUAAAUAAAGCUGAGCCCACAUA